AUGCACGAAGAGACAUUUCGGGAUGAGAAUGAAGGGACUGCAUUUUAUCCAUUACAUAAUCGAGAGGAAGAAACAUCCAGAGGGUUUACAUCAUCAUCCUUUUCUGAACAUCCAGCAGUAGAGACUGUAACGGACGGUCCAUGGACGACAUUUCGUGACCACGUUGCACUACAAUUCUUUUGGCAAGGUUAUGAUGCCUAUGUAGUGUCAAAGGACAAGGAAAGUGUCGCCCCGUGCUUGUACAAUGCUCAAUGCAUUGGUGAAUCUGCCGAUCGAGAAUUUGUCCAGCUUGUGCCUGUAGACGAAGUGCGAGAACGUCAUAUUUUGGACAAGAUGCGGGUACAAUUGGUAUCGGUUCAUUCGGGCAAAUAUCUACGAGCAUCCCACGUGUCCAAGUAUCUGAAAUGGUCACGAGCACGGGAUGAACAAUCGGUAUUUUUCAUUCAAAUUGCUGAUCGCAAACCGCUCAAUUCACGAUCAAAAUUUACAUUGACGAGUUGUUUCUGGCCUGAUCAUGCUGUUGGAUUUACACAGACAUUUCCACUGGGAGGUAGUCGUGCUGUUACUAAAGCUAUUGGAUUUUUAACCUUGGAGAAGAAGAAGAAGCAAAUGCCGCUCUUGUUUCCGAUUCGAUUCCGAGCAGUCCUUCGCUCUCAACGAAAUAAUCGAGCGUUAAUGACGGCGACGGUCCGUCAACUUACUCCGUUUGUCACGGCUACGGACAUGCUUUUUAUUGGAGAGGAGGAUGCGGAAAGAGUGAGUGAAGUUCCAUUGGCCCGUGUGCCAUCGCCGCGGAGCAUGGAUUUGGAAGGAGUAGAUUCCCGAUUAAGUGGCCGCUUGUCCCUAGGGGCAGACCAGGUGAGGCAGACGUGCACUUUUUGUAGCGUGCUAUUCCGAGCACGUGACGAUCUCGUCGCUCAUAUUCGUGAUUGCCACGGAGAAAUGAUGCAUCGUGUGUCUAUACCCGGCACGUUUUGCAUCCACUGCGGCACACGUCGAGUCGAUGGACGUUGUACAAGAUGUAAUCAAGAUGCAUAA